UUGGAAAGGUAUGAGGGGCUCGGCGGGCUCGUGAAAGCGGCGGAAGGGAUCGAAAGUCGCGGAGGCGGGCGGCGCUGGCGUCGCGCGGCGGAUUUUGGGAGGAGACCGCCGCCAUUAAUGACGAAGAGUGACACCUCGCUUAUCUGCCACUCAAACUGACAGCCGACGGCACGGUUUUAAAUCGCCGACUGCGGGCCCGCGACACGAGCAGAUCCGACCGAGGAAGCAGUUUGCUGGCUGCGGCUGUUGGCUGCCGCGAUUGACCGACCGACCGACCGACUGGCCACAGAUGAGAUUGCAACGAGAUUAGCGCGUCGCCACGCCACUGACUGAUGCAGCAGGACUCAGUCGUUGCCAUGGUUACGCCAGCAGGCUACGACCCUCAGCCGCCUCCAUCUCAGGGCAACAGCCAGAUGCAGGGCGGCGUCGGCGGCAACGUGCAGGCGCCGGCGUCGUCGGGCGGCCCCGAGUACGAGCAGGAGCAGGCCAUCUUCGAGGCGGACAAAAGAGCCGUUUACAAGCACCCGUUGUUCCCUCUGCUGGCGCUGCUGUUCGAGCGGUGCGAGCAGGCAACCCAGUCGGCCGAGAGUCCCAACUCGGACAACUUCAACAUGGACAUCCAGGCGUUCGUGCAGCACCAGGAGAGGGACCGCAAGCCGUUUCUUGUCAAUGAUCCAGAGAUCGAUGGACUGAUGAUCAAAGCGAUCCAGGUGCUGCGGAUACACCUGUUGGAGUUGGAGAAGGUGCAGGAGCUGUGCAAGGACUUCUGCAACCGGUACAUCACGUGCCUGAAGGGCAAAAUGCAGAGCGAGAACCUUCUGCGGUCCGACUACGCGUUCGACAACAACAACCUUCCGGGCAGCACCAACAACAACAGCUCGUCGUCGGCCGGCAGCCCGCCGCCGGCGCCGCAGGCCAUGCUGCACGCCUACCACUCGGCGGCGGCGGCGGCGCCGCACCACCAGGCGGCGCCGAUGGGCGGCGUCAUGGCGCACUACCACGCAGCCUCCUCGUCCGCCUACCAGAUGGCGGUGGCGCUGCCGUCCGUCUCGCCGCCCGGAAUGCACCACGGAGGCCCCGGCGGCGUGCUCUCGGGCUCGUCCACCUCGUCGUCGGUGCCCGCGUCGCCCGGCGUCGUCCACGGCAGCACGCCCCUCUCGCAGAUCGGCGCCUCCUCCUGCGCCGCCAACGCCGCGCAGCCACCCUCGGAAAACUCGCUCCUCCAGAACUCGCUGUCGCCUGCGCCGACCUCGCCGGGCUCGAUGGACGACGACGACGACGGCUUCCUCGGCGGCAGCGGCGCCUCCGGCAAAAGCAAAAAGCCCAAGCGCGGUGUUCUUCCCAAGCAUGCCACCUCCAUCAUGCGAUCCUGGCUCUUCCAGCACCUAGUGCACCCGUACCCGACGGAGGACGAGAAGCGGCAGAUUGCGGCGCAGACGAACCUGACGCUGCUGCAGGUGAACAACUGGUUCAUCAACGCGCGGCGGCGCAUCUUACAGCCAAUGCUGGACGCGUCGACGCCGACGGACGCGGCCGUGGCGCCGCACAAAAGCAAAAAGGCAAAAAGCGGCAGCGGCGGCGGCUCGAAGCAGGCCGCGCAGCGCUUUUGGCCCGACUCGAUCGCCAGCCUGCAGCCGCAGCUCGCGCUCAACGGCGCCAUGCAGGUCUCAGAAUCGUCGGUGAUCAGCUCGACGACGGCGUUGAGCAGCGACGAAGAGAGCGACGAGGAGAGCGAGGAGGAGAGCGGCGACGAGGGUUCGAGCGACGACGAGCCGUCCAAGCUGCGCACGCCGGCCGAGUUGGCGCACGACCAAUGACACCAGCCGGAACAGCCCUUCUUCCACCGCAACGCGUAAGAAACAGAAAGAAAAAAGAUACAAAAUUACAAAAGAAAGGCAGUGCAAUCCACGUGUCAGAGAUCUCGAUCGAGUGUGCCAUCGUAAGAAAACAAAAAGAAAAAGAAACGGCGCGCGCUGUAGCCAUAUCCUAACUGCCGUAGCUCAAGUCACCACACAACAGAGGCAAUUAAUUAAUUAAUUAAUUGAAUAAUUGAAUAAAUAAUAAUUCAUAAGCGAAAGGCAUACGGACGCUCCUUUUUCACUCAGUGUGCAGAUUUUCUCGAAAUUUUGUGCUCUUCCUAACAUAACCUGUAUACGUAAAUUAAACCUUGGAAUUAUACACUAUUCGCAGACUAGCGUGUAAAAGACGCACACUUUUUAAAGCCCCAAAACACGGCUGUUCACCACGCGAAAUGAGAAAUUGAAAGGAAAAAAUAAAACAUUGUAAAAAAAUCCUUUAAAGACCCACUGAAACCGCUUUUUUCAUAUUUUAAUCAAUUCCUGAGGUUCGAAAUAGGUAGGAAAAAUAUUUUUUCCUGUUUAAAAAUGUUUUGUGACGCGCGAGCAGAGGUUUAAAGCAAAACGCACGUUGCUUUGGCGCGCAAAACGUUUGAAUCCUUUGGUCGCGUCCCCCCUCUGACGUCACAGCCAUGCUCCGCGCUUAGCUAAGAUGGCAGGCGACGGCAGCGACAUCUGCUGAUACCCAGCAAGAGCAGUGAAAGAAGUUCCAGCAGUCACGUGACUCAAUCCCGACAUCUCAUUGGCGCAUCUCUCUUGGCUUCUCCCCACCACUCUCUCCAAGCAGCGGCAAGCACUCUGGUGCGCAUGUCACAUUCCUCAGUCUUCAGAGUGGGGGUAUUACAAGAGGAGGGAGAAGCGAGAAAUUCGCGUGCCUGAUCUUGGCCAAUGAGAUGGCGGGAUUGGGUCACGAGACUGCUAGAACUGCGUCUGUUUCUCUGAUUUAUACUACAGCUGGAGCUAGCGACAGUGGAGACAUCUGCGCAUACCCAGCAAGAGCAGUGAAGCAAACUAAGUUCCAGCAGUCACGUGACUCAAUCCUGCCAUCUCAUUGGUCAAGAGCAUGCAGGGAGUGUAUGGAAGGGAGUUAGCAAAGAAACUCCUAGCCAAUGAGAUGGCGGAAUUUAGUCACGUGAUUCGCCACUUUCACUAGGCAGAUGUCUCUGCUGUCGCCAGCUCCAGCUGUAGCUGUCACAGCCAUGACGUCAGAGGGUGACGCAUGCGCAUGAGCCAAAUCAACGUGCGUUUCUUGCACGUCAAAACCAUUUUUCAACCAGGAAAAUAUUUUUCCCGCCUAUUUCGACCCUGCGGAAUCGAUCGGAGGGGUCUGUAAAUAAAUUCGAGGAGGUGUAUAGCCGUGCGGGGCGAUAGUUUGUGCGUUUUGAGAGGAGCUAGCCGAUCCUCGAGUCUAAAAUGUAUACGAUUUUGCGAAGCGGGCGGGCGUCGGUCGUGUUUUGCCCACACCACGAUGAAUAAAUAAUAAUAUUUUGCGUUUCAGCAUGAAUAAAAACCUAGUGAUAUUGAAGAGAAGCCAUUUUUUGAGUCAUGUAAAAAGUGCAAAUAAUAAUGAAAAUACGAUGUAUGUCCGCAAGUGCGAUUUUGUUUGGCUCGUCGUGUAGUUUUCGGAAUAUGAGAACAAGUUCCUUUUUGUGUAUACGCGCGUACGUACGUUUCGUGACCAGCAGCUCAAACAAAAUGAAAAAAAAAACAAGAAAACAAGAUGUAUUCUAAGGACGAUGAUACGUAUUUUUACAUUGCGUGUGAAUUGUAUGAUAUUUUACUUUUUUAUUCGCGACAUUUUUGUGUUUGGUUCGGUGAUAUUUUGCGCCCGCAGCAAGCAACCAAGUGCGUGUACUGUACAUACGUGAAUUUUAAGUGCCGAAAAGUGAAAUUUGAUUUCAAAUUUUUAAUAUUAUGAUAUCGUGCCAACUUCCGAGCCUGCGAUUCGAACCGAAUCCAAGUGUAUACGCUGCUGAAGACCUAACGGCGGACAGACCUAAGCGUCCGCCGCUACUAUUAAAUAACAAAAGAUGCGUAAAUUAUUUUUUGCUCUGCUUCUAUUUAACUGAAAUCGACACAAGGAGGUCAGAAUCUCUCUCUAAACCGGCUGCUUUUCCAAAAAUAUUAUGGGUCCUUUAAAAAGACGCCAGUGGCAGCCAUCUUUGCGCAGUGAAAAUUUGAUAAUUCAACAAGACCGUCUUUGACGAGGUUUCUGAGCCCACCAAUCGAUUCCUGAGGGUCGAAUUAGGUAUAGUGGAUAUUUUUUCCGGCCAAAAAGUCAAACGCGACGUGCGAACUUUUUUCCCGCCAAAACAUUU